AUGAGGAAUGGAAGACCGUAUCGAUGCUGUGAGUGCUUCUGGGUUGCUUUUUAUUUGACACUGCUGCUGGUUUUCGGAAAGCGGGCUUUGGCUGAUUUGAGAUACUCUGUUCCGGAGGAGGUCAAAGAAGGAACUACUGUUGGAAAUGUGGCCAAGGAUCUUGGUAUUGACAAAACCUCUUUGACUGAUCGUCGGUUCCGUGUUGUUUCUGGAUUUAAGGACGCGUUUUUCGAGGUAAACCCGGACAAUGGGGCUUUACAGGUUCGUAAGAAAAUCGACAGAGAAAAGCUUUGUCACGGUAGCGGUUCAUGCCUCAUUGAGCUAAAAAUCCUUGUUGAAAAUCCCCUGGAAAUGCAUCAUAUUGCUGUAGAAAUUGCUGAUGUAAAUGAUCACUCCCCCAGCUUUUCUGAAAAGGAGCAGACCUUUGAAAUGGCCGAGCAUACAUCUCCGGGAACACGAUUCCAGCUUCACCCGGCUCGUGAUCCUGAUGCUGGAAUAAACUCUAUCCGCAUAUACACACUAACGUCAAACGAGCAUUUCGAUAUUGAGAUUAGUCAAAGUGAUGAGGACAAAAUACCAUUUCUAGUGCUGAAGACAUCUUUAGACAGAGAACAAAAGAAUAAACACUUGCUAACUGUAACAGCAGUUGAUGGAGGUAAACCUCCAAAAUCUGGCACGCUUAAUGUAUCCGUUAUUGUUCUUGACAGUAAUGAUAAUCGCCCGACAUUCAGUCGGGAGACUUACCAAAUUGAAAUAAAAGAAAAUGUCUCUGUUGGUGCUGUUGUUGCAACUGUAGCUGCUAUAGACCCAGAUGAAGGCACUAACGGGGAAAUAGAAUACAGCCUGAGCAAAACAUUAGCGCGUAAAGUUUAUCAGAUAUUUGAACUGGAUAGUGUAAGUGGACAAAUUACGCUAAAAGUAGCAUUAGAUUUUGAGGAUUCUGAGAUUUAUAAACUAGACGUUGAAGCAUCUGAUAAAGGACAACCUCCAUUAAUUGGAAGGUGUAGAGUAAUAAUAAAGAUACAAGACAUUAAUGAUAAUGCACCAGAAAUAGAAGUCACGUCACUAUCAAAUACAGUAACCGAAGAUUCAAAACCUGGUACAGUUAUUUCACUUAUCAGUGUAACGGAUAAAGACUCUGGACUUAAUGGAAAAAUAAUUACACACAUGACCGACAAUGCACCUUUCGAAUUAAAACCUUCUUACAAGGAAAACAUAUAUUCCGUGGUCACGAAGGGAGUGUUAGAUCGAGAAACUGUACCAGAAUACGAAGUAAUAAUAACAGCUACAGACUGUGGUGAGCCUCCUUUAUCGAGUUUUAAAACUCUUAGCAUUCAGAUAGCAGAUGUAAAUGACAACAGUCCACAAUUCACCCAAAACCCAUUACAGUGUUACCUGACAGAAAAUAACUUCGCAGGUGCGCCAAUAUUUUCUGUGAGUGCGGUAGACCUCGAUGCAAAUGAAAACGCAGCUAUUUCAUAUCAUCUUCUGAGAGAAGGUGGUGAAAAUUAUGUAAUAUCUUUUCUAAAUGUGAAUUCAGAUAAUGGACAAAUCACUGCGCUAAAAAGUUUUGAUUUUGAAUCGCUGAAAACCUUCCAGUUCCAAGUUGUUGCCUCAGAUUCUGGAACUCCGCCACUAAGCAACAACGUCACAGUCAACGUCUUCAUCCUGGAUCAGAACGACAACGCUCCAGUCAUCCUGUAUCCACUCAGCUCCAACGGUUCUGCUCAAGGUGUGGAGGAGAUUCCCCGAAACGUCAACGCAGGACACUUGGACAGAUCAGAACACUUCGCUCAUUCACAGAGACAGACGAGGCUGAGCACAAACUGAUAAUACUGGUCAAAGACAACGGCAACGUUUCUCUCUCAGCAACAGCUACUGUGA